CAGCGCAGGUCUCUGCGUCGGCGUUUCCUGCAGAGUCUGCGGUUGCCGUUGGAUCGCAGGCGAGAGCGUCACCCGCGAGUCAUGGCGACCAAGGCUGUGUGCGUGCUGAAGGGCGACGGCCCGGUGCAGGGCACCAUCCACUUCGAGGAGAAGGGGAACGGGCUGGUCUUGGUUUCGGGAUCCAUCAGAGGAUUGACUGAAGGUGAUCACGGGUUCCACGUCCAUCAGUUUGGAGAUAAUACUCAAGGCUGUAUCAGUGCAGGUCCUCACUUUAAUCCUCUGUCCAAAACACAUGGUGGGCCAAAGGACCAGGAGAGGCAUGUUGGAGACCUGGGCAACGUGACCGCUGGCAAAGAUGGUGUGGCCCACGUAUCCAUUGAAGAUUCCGUGAUCGCACUCUCGGGGGCCCAUUCCAUCAUUGGCCGCACAAUGGUGGUCCAUGAAAAAGCAGAUGACUUGGGCAAAGGUGGAAAUGAUGAAAGUAAAAAGACGGGAAAUGCUGGAAGUCGUUUGGCUUGUGGUGUAAUUGGGAUCGCCCAAUAAACAUUCCCUAGGACGAGGUCUGAGUCCUAGUAACUCCUCUGUUACCUUGCUAGUUGUAGAAGUUUAACCUGAUAAACAUUAAACACUGUAACCUUAAAAGUGUAA